AUGUCGGUGGAGACUAUUCUUCUUUUGCCCUAUAUGUCGGUGAGAGCAUUUUCUUUAUUUGAGGAUAGUACCGAGGAUCCUUUGGCAUAUUCUGCUGAUGAUGGAGGUAAGAUUGAAGAUGUUGAGCCCCACACUAAGAACCAGUUUUUGAACCAUGUGGGGAAUCUUUCAAAAAUAGGUAGCCGGAACUUGGACAACGGAAAUGGAUCCUGUUUCCAUAAGGAUAGCUUCAUAGUACUCUCUGGUUUUUACACCAUUGGUUGGAGUGAUGGAGAUGUAAUUGAUUGCAUCGAUAUUUACAAACAACCUGCUUUCGAUCACCCUCUCCUUAAGAAUCACAUUAUUCAGAUGAGUCCUAGCUCGUACCCGAAGGCGGCAUCACCAGAGACUGAGAACUCAAGAGACGUAAAGGUCGCAAGCUUUCAAUUAUGGAAUAAUUUUGAAAAGUGCCCAAACGGUACAAUUCCAAUACUCAGGACGCAAAGAAAUGGUGGGAAGAUAAGCCCAAAUGCAUAUCCUUUUACUGUAAAUGAUAACUCCGAUAACUACGGCGAUCAAACUGCUGAGUAUGCUGGAGCGAUCACGAAAAAUUUUGCUUUCUAUGGAGCAAGCUCAGAGAGCUAUAUUUGGAAUCCGCAAGUUCAAGUUUCUACAGAGUACAGUGGUGCCGGAACAUGGCUCCUUAGUAACAGAGGAGCCGUUGUCAAUGGAAUUGCUGCAGGAUGGAUUGUGAAUCCAGUUCUCUACGGUGAUACAAAGACCCGCAUCUUUAUAUCUUGGAUAAUUGUUGAUUCUAAGACCCCCGGGUGCUAUGACCUUUCAUGUCCAGGUUUCGUUCAAACAAGCUCAGAUAUACCCUUAGGUACCGUUUUGACACCAGUUUCAGAGUAUGAUGGAAAUCAAUAUGCCAUUAACUACUCCAUUCAUAAGGACAACAACACCGGGAACUGGUGGUUUACACUGUUGACUGCACUGAAAAACGAGAUUCAUGUGGGUUACUGGCCUGCAUCCAUAUUCACAAGCUUAUCGGUAGCCAAUAGGGUUUUGUGGGGCGGCCAAGUUUCAAAUUUAAAGACUGGUGGGGAGCACACCUCCACACAAAUGGGCAGUGGGCACUUCCCUAAAGAGGGAGACAAGAAAGCGGCUUACUUCGGUUCUGUGAGAGUACUAUUUAGUGAUGGCACCUAUGGUACUCCACUCGUUGACCCGUUUAGAGACCAUGCAGCAUGCUAUGAUUCUGAUAUGGUUGGUUCUUAUCAUCCGGAUUCCUUUUACUUCGGAGGACCUGGUAGAAACCCAACCUGUAUUUGA